AUGUCCGACGCUGAGUCUCACCUGUCCCUGCAGUCGUUGACGCCUGUCGACCUCAAGCAGCUGUCAAGGCAACAGAAAAUUAUGCUGUUACAGGACUACCGCUCUAGCGGGGCACGAAAUGCCAACAAGAUGCUUUUCUUAGCCACGGACCUGCUGGCUGGCGGGUCGAGUGGGCUGUCGUCUAGCGAACUCUAUGAUGUGUACGAGCAGGUGCUGAUCGCUUCCCUCGAGUGCGGUCGUAUCGAAAACGCUACCAUGUAUCUUAACCUGCUAGAGAGCCGUUUUGGCAAGAAGUCUGUUCGCGUCAGCCACCUUCGCGGCCUGUGCCUGGAGGCGCAAGGCAAGAUCCCGGAGGCGAAGAAGCUGUACGAGCAGGUUCUGAAAGAUAUGCCAACGAACGACUUCUGUGUGCAGCGACUGAGCGCCAUCUACAAGAGCAACGGCCACUACACGGAGGCCGUUCGUGUCCUCGAGGAGGACCUUGUGUACACGGACGAGGAUGAUAAGCAGCACACAUACUUCGAGGUGCACCGCGGCGACGCCUUGUCGACCUAUCGCGAACUGAGCAACCUCCAUUACCUCCUCGGCAACAAUGACAAAGCCAUCUUCUACGCAGAGGAGUGUCUUCUGCUCGACAGCGAGUCUUACUUUGCUCACGUGCGUCUCGGCGAGCUGUACUACAUGAAGCGUGAUCUGCCGCGCUGCGUCAUCGAGUACUCGCAGUCACUUCUCUUCAACUCGCAGCAGAACAACUCGCGGGCGGCCUACGGGCUGUGGCAGGUGACAAAUGAAAUGUUGCGUCAGCACCAGUCCGGCGUGGCGAGGAUCGAGGAGGAGGCGGUGCUGACGCAGGCGCAGGACCUGCGUACGUAUGCGGCCGAGACGCUGCGCCGCAUGUACGCCGGCACUGCCAUGCUGUCGGCCUUGGACGCCUACCUGCAGCGAGAGACCUAG